UUGAUUUGCUUUGUGAACAACGUGAUGAAGGUGAAAGUAAAGCAAUCCAAGAAUUAAAAACAAAAUUUCUCGUUCAAAUAUAUGGUGUAAUAAAUGACCAUAUGGAGUUUUUACGACGGUUGUCUUGGCAGUUGGAUAGCACUAUCAGGUGA